AUGGAGAGUUUCACAGCGAUAGAGAAAAUAAAUUCCACUCAAAACUUGACGGUGAAGGAUUUCGAAGAGGGCAGUAUUAAUCUAGAUGAUGUUAUGGAGGAAGUGAAUUACUUGAAGAAACAAAUCACGCUGAUAAGGCAAGAAAUGGCUGCUUUCCUUACAGGAAUAGCCACGAUAGACCCAAGCACCAAACCACAACAAGCAUUUGAAGAAAACACCCAGAGAGCAGCUAGUCUGCAGAAGGCAUUGGAGGACUACGUGGAGAGGUACAAGAAGCUAACGCCCUUGCUUCAGCUGGUCAACCAGGACCUCCAGUUGAAAGUACCUCCAAAGCAAGAACCCCAAGUCAAACCUCCUUCAACGGCGUCUACAACUUCAUCAUCAACCUCAAAUACAUCAAACACAUCAAAUAAUAAUAAUAAUACAACAGCAGCUCCUCCUUCCAAGAAGGCACCUCAAAGGAAAAGAACAUACACAAAGAAGAAUCAGGCUGCUACUCCUAAUAACGUACCAACACCUGCUACAAAUCUACAACAGAAUGCAAGAUCAAAUGCACCUAUACUGCCUAACGGGAAUGGCUCUGGGUCGUACCAAGCUGGGAGUGUGAUUGGAUUCAAUUCUUUCCAACCAAAUAGAGAAUCAUCUACAGAUGCAAAUGGAUCAGAGAAUCAACCUAUAUUAUUAUGA